GAUCACCGACUUGCAUUUUGUCUGUGGCAAUGGGACCAUAAAUGACCAAAUUCCAUCGCAUUGAAAAAAAUAGAAGUAAACAAAUACGACCAGUGAAGACACCUCAUAAAAGAAGUGGACAUGGAGACGCCGCGCAGAGGAGAUACGCUAUAACAGACUGAACAAACCACAUCCAGGAUUUACUUCUCGACUUGAACACUUUUUGAACAAGGGUUAUAGAAUUUUUCCUUGCUAGAUUUCUUUGUUACAUGCAAGCAUGAACCGAAAGGAGAUGAGCUCGUGUUUGAGAUGCUGGAGCGUGCCGAUGCUCUCUGUCCUUCUGCUUGUCUUCUUGACACCGCUGUUUGCACAUGGUAACUCUGUGGUGGGAAAUGAAACCGAGGUUGAUAGUGCUGUUAACGUGACCUCCUUGUCUACCGGGGAUGAAGAGGAGAAGAUAGAGGAGGUGUCACAGUUCACCAGCUUGUCCAGCUCCUCAGACCCGACUCGCAAUGGACGAAAGUUUAGAGAUGAAGAAGUAGGCAGUGGCAUGCUGGAAGAGGUCUUCCAGCCAACUCCUGGAACUCCAACUUCCAGUGAAGGUGCCACAACCACUUUGGCAAGCCCAGAGAUCAGCUCAGAGUCUGCUGAGACCGAAAACUUGCUUCUCCAUGAGCCUGUCAGUACCUCCUUCGUGAAGGAGCAUGUCACCCCCUUCAUGGAGGAAGAGGAACAGGAAACGGAAGAGGAAGUGAGGCAGCAAGUGCCUACACUACCACCCUGGCUGGAUGCUAAAGAAGAUUUGGAGACCACCGUGUUUGACCUCGACCAUGAGACGUCUCCCACAACCCCAUCCCCAACUCAUCCCCCUUCCCCGUCCGACGUCACCGUAGAUUUCUUUGACCCCGGCUCCCGCCGCAAGAACCUUGGGCCACCGUCUCAUUCCCCGCAUGAGCUUCAGGGCCGUGACCCCACCUCCUGGUCCAUGCCCGACAACUACGACUACAUGACGCCCUACGACGACAGUGUGUCUCCCACCACUGAAGAUUACCCCUACAGCAGCACUACUGACUCUUACAACGAUGACAUCUCCACUACUCCUCCUUCCAAACGCUUCCCUCCUCGAUUGCCCUCCAACCCUGUUUUCACGCUCCCCAAAGGAUCCACUGUGGGUGCAGGCCCCCGUGCUCCCCCUGGUGUGGUCGACUCAGUUAACGGCUCAGAAUGUCGGCAAGGUUUUGUCCGCACCAAUGGCUCCUGCAAGUCUCCAUGUGACCUGCAGCCCAACUACUGCCUCAACGGAGGCCAGUGCUACGUUAUGGAAGGAGCUCAAAUGUUCUGCAGGUGCAACAUCCAGGACUACAUGUGGCACAAGGGUGCCCGCUGUGAAUCGGUCAUCACGGAGUUCCAGGUAAUGUGCAUCGCCAUCGGGGCCUCCGCUCUCAUGGUGCUCCUGCUCUUCAUGAUCGUCGUUUGCUUUGCCAAGAAGCUGCACGUGCUCAAGACUGAGAAUAACAAGUUGCUCAAGCGCAGCAGUAAGUACCGUCCUUCCUCGGAGCACCACAAUGAUAAUUUCUCGUUGUCCACCAUCGCUGAGGGCUCCCAUCCAAAUGUAAGGAAACUUUGCGACACCCCUCCUAACCUCCCUCAUGCCCGUGCUUUGGCUUACUAUGAUAACAUUAUCUGUCAGAAAACCAUGAGCAGAUACACCUGGGAGUGUAAGACCAAAGAGGAGCCCGACUGUGAGGAUGAUCCUAAUACCCAGAACAAGCUGGAGGACCCCGUGAAGGCGCCCCCACCCAAAGAGGACGAGUCACUGAACAUCCAGAACUCGCUCACCCCUAAGCACGAGAACCAUAAGGUGCUGGGCGAGGAGAACUCUUCGGAGGUAAACUCGCUUCAGAACAACAUGAUGUAGAACAGAAACAAAAGCACCCUACGCAACCACGUCCACGAUCACUUAAAGCAUCGAGCAGCAGACGCUACGAGCAGCCACACCCACCACACCAUCACCACAUGACAGAAAACUUUAAAAA